AUAAGAAACUGACCGUACCAACUGGCAUUUUAAUCGCGUGUAACUCAAGCUGAAUCUCGUCACCGUUUUUCCCUGAUAUCAAGGAAUCAGAUCCUAAAGAUAGCCACGAUCAAACUCCCAUAUCAUACGUCAUCAAAGUAUCUAUCAGCAUGGGGCAAUCCACAAGCAGCCCCUUAGCAACCUGCCUCAACGCCGUGUGCAACGGCCGCAACGACUGCGUUGCCUACCCCAGCGACCCGUUGUACCAAAUUUCCUGGGUCAACCGAUAUAACCUCGAUAUCGAAGUCACGCCGAUAGCGGUAACUCGCCCGGAGACAGCUCAAGAUGUAUCCGGGUUUGUCAAGUGUGCUGCGGCCAACAAUGUCAAAGUUCAGCCCAAAUCCGGAGGUCAUUCUUACGCGAACUAUGGCCUAGGUGGUGAUGACGGUGCUCUGGUAAUCGACUUGAUGAAGCUGCAAGACUUCUCCGUCGAUAAACAGACAUGGAAAGCAACGAUAGGAGGCGGUACCAAGCUCGCCGACGUCACAAAGAAGCUUCACAAGAACGGAAAGCGAGCCAUCUCUCAUGGUACUUGCCCAGGCGUUGGGAUUGGUGGCCAUGCCACAAUUGGAGGGCUAGGUCCUUCGUCGCGCAUGUGGGGUUCCUGCCUGGAUCACGUUUUAGAAGUUGAGGUUGUCACCGCAGACGGGACUAUCAAACGAGCCAGCGAGCGUGAGAAUAGUGAUCUUUUCUUCGCGCUAAAAGGAGCCGGUGCAGGAUUUGGCAUUAUCACCAAGUUUAUCGUCAAGACGCAUCCGGAACCUGGCAACGUAGUUCAAUAUUCGUUUUCUCUAUCAUUUGGAAAGCACGCCGACAUGGUCCCCGUCUUCAAGCAAUGGCAAGAUCUCAUCUCAGACCCAAAUCUCGACAGAAGAUUUGGCACGGAAUUUGUCGCUCACGAGCUCGGAGCUGUCAUUACUGCCACUUUCUACGGAACGGAGGCCGAGUGGAAUGCCUCUGGGAUCCCGAAAAGAAUUCCUAAGGGGAAAGUAUCCGUCGUUAUUGACGAUUGGCUUGCUGUCAUUACUCAGCAGGCUGAAGAUGCCGCGCUGUACCUAUCGGAAAUUCGCACUGCUUUCACAGUACGCAGUCUCGCAUUUACCGCAGAAGAGGCGCUCUCUGAGAGUACGAUCACCAAGAUGAUGAAUUACCUCGACAAAACGCCUCAUGGAACUCUCUUGUGGUUCCUUAUUUUCGAUGCUACAGGAGGUGCCAUCAGCGACGUGCCCAUGAAUGCCACGGCCUAUUCACACCGAGACAAAAUCAUGUUUUGCCAGGGAUACGGCAUUGGUAUUCCAAAUCUCAGCCAAGCUACAAAAGAUUUUCUGAACGGUCUUGUCAAUACCAUUCAGAGCUCGACACCGCAGCGCCUAACAACUUACCCCGGGUAUGUCGACCCAUCACUGGUGAACCCUCAACAGUCAUACUGGGGACCGAAUCUAGGAACUCUAGAGUCCAUCAAGACCAAAUACGAUCCUAAGGAUUUGUUUCAUAAUCCACAGAGCGUGAGAACCAAGAAAUAAGAAAGAACAGGACGAAGAAUAACCUUGAUACCCCUAAUAUAGCCUUUCACUAUUGAAUACGAGUUUGCAUUUGAGAGUUACACCGGCUAGUCCAACGUCGCUUUAAGAUUUUGAGGCCUUGCUUCAUCUCCAAAGUGAAAUUUCACCACUAUAUCGUAUGCCCUCAUUUCAUAGUAUAUAUGCCCACAGUCUAGCUUUUCGUUC